ACUACCCUUACUUACUCUAAUUUGUUUGCUUUUCAUUUAUUUAAUUUCUUUUUUCGGCCAUAAAUACAAUUAUCAGAAUUGAUUCUCUAAUUGAAUCAUUUCAUUAAUAUACGAAUUUUAUAGUUUUCAUUCGAAAAAAUGUGUUUAACUAACUGAUUUGAAUAUUAAAUAGUAGUAAUAAAUAAGAAAGCAAUAUUGAGCAGGCCAUUUUUCGUCAUUUCACUAAGGUCCCGCGCGGUGUUUUGAAUGUUGAUGUUGAUAUGAGUCGCCAUUGAAGAAGCUGUGAGUAAGCAAAAGCUCCGAUGGAUUGGAGAGGAAUGAUGAUCCCUCAUUUCACCAAAACACGCAUCAAAAUGAUCACACUGGUCAUCUCCCUCAUCAUCUUCGCAUCUCUACUCCUCCACAUCUCAUCAAAUCAUCCAAGAAACCGCUCUCUCUCACUCAUCAACGACGCCUGCUCCCACACCCUCUACGCCGCCCUCUGCCGCUCCACCCUCUCCGCCAUCGGCAACUCCACCGACGUCAUCGAAUUCGCCAUCGAUCGAACCGUGAAGCGCGUCCAGGCCGCAAGAACCAGCGUCGCCGAUCACUUCGCCGCUCAUCAAGAUUUGAGCGCCGCCCGAGAUUGCGUGGAGCUGCUCGAUCAGACGCUCUACGAGCUCGAAUCCGCCAUGGCUGAGCUCAGCUCUCUCCCUUCUUCCCGGCCUCGAUCAUACGCCAAUAUCAACACCCUUUUGAGCGCAGCCAUGACUAAUGAGCAGACCUGCAUCAACGGAUUCUUGGAUUUGGAACAAGUCCACUCCCUUGGAAGUAGAGGAAACGGCCGUUAUCUGCACAAGUUAUUGACGCCGAUUUCUCACAUGAUCAGCAACAUCUUGGCACUGAUCAAGCAUGUUGAGAGCAGCAGCAGCUUCCGAGAAACUAUCAAGAAAGGGGAGAGGAUGGUCGGCGGAGGAGAAUGGGCGCGUCGAAAGAGUAAGAGUGCGAGGCCGAAUGUGGUGGUGGAUCGUGAUGGAAGUGGGAGGUACAGACUCAUUGGAGAGGCAGUUGCAGCAGCACCAAAUAUGAGCAAGAAAACUUAUGUGAUCAAGAUCAAUGCAGGGGUUUACAAAGAGAAUGUUGUGAUCCCAAGAGAGAAGAUGAACAUCAUGUUGGUUGGAGAUGGAAUGAAGUCAACAAUCAUCACAGGUUCAAGAAGUUUAGCAGAUGGAUUUUCCACUUUCGAAUCAGCUACACUAACUGUGGUGGGGGACAAGUUCAUAGCCAGAGAUAUAACCAUAGAGAACACCGCAGCGGCAGAGAAGCACCAAGCGGUGGCCUUACGCGUCACCUCAAAUGCUGCGUUUUAUCGCUGUGGGAUCCUCUCCUACCAAGACACACUCUACGCCCACUCACUGCGCCAGCUCUACCAGGAAUGCACAAUUGAAGGGACAAUCGACUUCAUCUUUGGCAACGCAGCAGCAGUGUUCAACAAGUGCAGGAUACUGGUGCGGAGGCCGCUGAGGGGGCAGAGGAACACCAUCACAGCUCAAGGGAGAGACGAUCCCAACCAGAACACCGGGAUCAGCCUGCACAAGUGCACCAUAGAGGCCGCGCCAGAGCUCAAUUCCACAGAGAGGAAGCACUUCCCCACAUAUCUAGGGAGGCCGUGGAGGAAGUACUCGAGAGUCUUCGUUGGGAAUAGCUAUCUCGGAGAGCUGAUACACCCUCGAGGUUGGCUGGAAUGGCCUCAGUAUAGCAAUGCCGAUACUGUGGAGUACGUCGAGUGCAGGAAUUAUGGACCCGGUGCAGCUAUGAGGCGUCGCAUCUCCUGGGCUGGAUAUCGAAACAACUGCACUGUGGAAAUGGUGAAGCAGUUUACAGUUGCAGAGUUCUUGCAUGGAGAAGAUGACUGGUUAGAGUCUACUGUGAUACCAAUCUUUGGUUGAAUUGGACCAAAUUGUGCAGUAGAUGUAGAUGUUUUUGCAAUGUAAAUGUGGAGAGUUGUGCUUCUUGCAAGGGUCUCAUGAUUAUAAGCUAGCCAACACUUCUCCCUCUUCAUUGCUUGGUUUGUAAAAACAUACAAUUGUUGAUGUAAUUACAAUUUCUAUUACAGUGAAGAAUUUACCAGAAAA